AUGCUUGUUGCAACACUGACUCAAGCCCUCUGUACGGUGCAGAGAGGGAUUCUGUCUCUAUCAGAGUCAUUUGGCUCCAGAUUUGCUUCCAUUAUCACCAUUUGGAAAUCAUAUCCAGUUUUGGACACCUUUUUAGCAGAGUUUUCAUGUUCCCUACUUUUAACACUCCUCUCCAAGAGUACAGUUGCAGAGGUUUUUGAAGAGGCCUUGGAUAAUAGUACUACUAGUAAAUCUAGCAGCCGUCUGAUUGUUGCAAUAGGAGCAGGGGGAGCAAGUUUACUCACCACUUGGUUUGGAACAAUGUUCCAGUCUGAGAUUUAUCUCGAAGUAGGUAUCACUAUUGGUCUUACCUUAUUGAAACAGAUCCCUGCCAGUCAUAUGAUACCUCGGAUCAUAGCUCAAGUUCUUGGAGCUUUGGUAGGAAUGAUUUUAGUCUAUGUACUAUUUCACAGCUCUCAUCUUUCGACAGUCAAUCCAAUCAGCUUAACCCAAAGCUCAGCCAGCAUCGGUACCACGUUUGUUGAUGGAAAUCAAAGUCUUGUCCUGCAAGUUCCUUAUCUCAUUUGUUUUUGGACUUCAAUCCAUAUUUGGAUUUCUUCUCGGUUUUAUGCAUGUUCAUUAUCAGGAAAUGGAGGAAUCCAUAUCUUGUUGGAAGAAAAGAUCACGGUUCAAUUUUAUGACACUAAGUGCUAUCUUCAAUGCCGUGACUUCCUUGGCCUUUGGCUCAAGGGGAUUGGUUCUCAAUGCUUCAAUUGA